UUAGAAUCUUUUGUACGAUAGUAUGUACUAUUCAUUCAGUACCUAUGUGUUGCUGGAGGACCAUCAGUGAUCGUCCUUGAUCCCUUCUCCCACCUUGUUCCAUCUGUUCAUCUUGUUCAACCUCUGUCCAGUCUCCUCACAACCCCCAACCCCGUUUCAGUGAUGUACACCAACCAUCUGGGUCAACCUCAGUCCGCCUUGUAUCCCACCUCCUCAAUGUUAUAUAUCAGCAAUCUUUCCUCCAACCCUUGUCUUCAUUGUGAAGUGUUCUUUUGUACCUUUGGCCUCGCUGAGUCAUUUCCAGAAUCGGUUAUUGUUAGCUGGAAUGUCGGAGGGUCAUCAGGUCCCAGUUCUGUUGUGCAUUGGUGUGGAGGUGCUCGUUUAUGAACAGUGACGGGCUGACGCACUGCAGCAUUUUACUGGCAGCAAAGAGUACUGGGAGAGUUGGUGCUUGGGCUCUAAUCUUUUGAUUGGCAUUCCAGGCAAAUGGAACUGCUGGUGUUUUAGCUUUGACUUUGGUUAGUGCUUCUACAGACGGGGCUGGAUGCUCGACCUGCAAUGAAGCAGAAAUUUCGAGCAGCUGGACAUUGGUUGUGGGGAAAUCCCGGAUUGCACUACCCAGUGUGAGAUGUGGGGACAAAGUGUGAGACUCUCAGGGUCGGUGAGUGGCAGAUUCAGCUGUGUGAGUCUGUGGGGUUGGGUCCUGGGAGAUCAUGGUUUUUGAUCCAGGUAAAGUGGACCCAGGGAUCGAGCUGUUUGGGCUUGUGAGGUGUUGAUCGAGUAUUUCUGGUCUGGGAUCAGCUGUUUGUUUCUGGAGUUCCUUUGGAAGCAAUGACUGACAAUCUGAGGAGAGGAUGAGUUCCCAUUCCAUCCUCACAGGGAGAGGCUGUGAGUAAAUGGGUUGUUCCGUGUUUACAACAGUAGAAAUAGACCCAGAGAUUAGUGUUCAAACUGUGUUUGGAAAUCCCCCCCCCCAUCCUCCCUCACUGUCAAUCAGGCAGCUGUGCUGGAGAUCUGCACUAAAAACUGAAAAUGUUUGAAGUCAUUCUGAUGAAAUGUUAUUAAUUGAAUUGUAUUGUAAGCUGUUCCUUACCUGCUGAGUGUUUCUGGUAUUUAUGACAGAAAUUAAUAUAUUCAUGAUUGCUAAGUAGCUUCAGGGUUACAGGAGGAAGGCAGGAAUAUGUUGUUGGAAUGAAAAUCAGCCGUGGUUGAAUGGUGGGCAGACCAGAUGGAUCGAAUCACAUUAUUCUGUUCCUGUGUCUUGUGUCUUACCAUGACUGAAUGAUGGCUCCUUCUUAUCCCAUAUCAUUCUGUGACAUGUGAGGGACAAUAAAAGAUUGUUCACUGAGAUCAUUAUAUUUACCUUCAAUGUUUAAAUUUCAUUAGACCUGCAGUGAGAGAUUUAUUGGAAGAAAAACCACGACUGAAGUCGAGGGAACAGCAACAAGUGAACCAGCCCGAGGAUUGAGAGCACCGACUGGAGAGAACCCAUCUGACUCGGAGAUUCCAGUGAUUCAGUCAGGAGAAAGUUUGCUGUGCGGACCAACCAUUCAUCUGGGCAGGAAACGUUUACAUGGCUUCAAAACUGUGGCACUUCACAUUGACAAUAGAUAAAAGAAAAUCCCAGCUGCACGUCAACAAAGGGUUAAAAACAACAAGGAAAUUAUCUACGGGGAGGUCAAACACAACACGCUGUUUUGUUGUCUAUGUCCAGAUAUUUAAGAAGUGGAACAAGGGAUUUACUCGAUCAUCAUUCCUACUCAGGCUGUGGGGAGUGAUUCACUCGAUCAUUAUUCCUAUUCAGACUGUGGGAGAGAUUCAUCGAUCAUCUGACCGACUGACAUGCUGUCAAUUUACACGGGGGGAAUCCAUUUAUCUGCUCAGUCAUCCACUCUAAUGGCUCACCAGCGAGUUCACACCGGGGUGUGGCCAUUCACCUGCUCAGACUGUGGGAAGGGAUUCAUGUUGUCAGCUCACCUACUGAGUCAUCAGUCAGUUCACACGGGUGAGAGGCCAUUCACCUGCUCUGACUGUGGGAAAGGAUUCACUUUGUCAUCUAAUCUUAAGCUACAUCAGCGAGUUCACUCUGGGGAGAGGCCGUUCACCUGCUCAGACUGUGGGAAGGGAUUGGCGUUGUCUUCCCACCUACUGAGACAUCAGUUAGUACACACUGGUGAGAGGCCAUUCACCUGCUCAGAAUGUGGGAAAAGAUUCACUUCGUCAUCUCAACUUAAGGUACAUCAGCGAGUUCACACUGGUGAGAGGCCAUUCACCUGCUCAGACUGUGGGAAAGGAUUCACUCAGUCAUCCCACCUUCAAGCACAUCAGCGAGUUCACACUGGGGAGAGGUCGUUCAACUGCUCAGAGUGUGGGAAGGGAUUCGCGUUGUCAUCUCACCUACUGAGACAUCAGUUAGUUCACACUGGUGAGAGGCCAUUCACCUGCUCAGAAUGUGGGAAAAGAUUCACUUUGUCAUCUCAACUUAAGGUACAUCAGCGAGUUCACACUGGUGAGAGGCCGUUCACCUGCUCGGACUGUGGAAAAGGAUUCACUCAGUCAUCCCACCUAGAAGCACAUCAGCGAGUUCACACUGGGGAGAGGCCAUUCACCUGCUUAGACUGUGGGAAGGCAUUCACACAGUUUGCUACCCUACAAGCACACCGGUCAGUUCACACUGGGGAGAGGCCGUUCACCUGCUCAGACUGUGGGAAAGGAUUCACUUCGUCAUAUAAACUUAAGGUGCAUCAGCGAGUUCACACUGGGGAGAAGCCAUUCUCCUGCUUAGACAGUGGGAAGGGAUUUGCGUUGUCAUCUCACCUACUGAGACAUCAGUUAGUACACACUGGUGAGAGGCCGUUCACCUGCUCAGACUGUGGGAAAGGAUUCACUCAGUCAUCCCAACUACAAGCACAUCAGCGAGUUCACACUGGGGAGAGGCCAUUCACCUGCUCAGACUGUGGGAAAGGAUUCACUUCAUCAUAUAAACUUAAGGUACAUCAGCGAGUUCACAUGGGGGAGAGGCCGUUCACCUGCUCGGACUGUGGGAAAAGAUUCACUUCGUCAUCUCAACUGGAGAUUCAUCAGCAAGUUCACACUGGGGAGAGGCCGUUCACCUGCUCAGACUGUGGGAAAGGAUUCACUCAGUCAUCCCAACUACAAGCACAUCAGCGAGUUCACACUGGGGAGAGGCCGUUCACCUGCUCAGACUGUGGGAAAGGAUUCACUCAGUCAUCCCACCUGCGAGCACAUCAGCGAGUUCACACUGGUGAGAAGCCGUUCACCUGCUCGGACUGUGGGAAGGGAUUCACUCAGUCAUCCCACCUGCGAGCUCAUCAGCGAGUUCACACUGGGGAGAAGCCGUUCACCUGCUUAGACUGUGGGAAGGGAUUUGCGUUGUCAUCUCACCUACUGAGACAUCAGUUAGUACACACUGGUGAGAGGCCGUUCACCUGCUCAGAAUGUGGGAAAAGAUUCACUUUGUCAUCUCAACUUAAGGUACAUCAGCGAGUUCACACUGGGGAGAGGCCAUUCACCUGCUCAGACAAUGGAAAAGGAUUCACUCAGUCAUCCCACCUGCGAGCACACUACUCAGUUCACACCGGGGAGACUCUAGACACCUGCUCGGACUUUGGGAAGAGAUUCUCUCAGUCAAAUCAACCAAAUGUGCAUCAUUGAGUUCUCACUGGAGAGACCGUUCACUGGAUGUGUGUCCAUCACCGUUGCUGAAUGCAAUUUCGAGACUGACUGUCGGUGCUGAACUCUGCAAUCAUUGCUGCUGCUCACCACACCCAGUUCUGCACCCUGGUCAAUGGGCAUGGGAGGAGUUUCUUCUGCUGCACAUUUACCUUUAAUAGGACUGGAGUUUAAUAUUUUGCA